CUAAUCCUGAGCAGCUCACGCGCAAGUACUCGGUGGUGGAGGAUGUGGAGUAUGACGCGACGCCCGCCUCCGUCUCCUCCUCCAUGAUGCCAACCCCCCUCGCUGGUCUUGGCGCAUCGAGAGAGCGAUUCGGACGACUCUGGGGGCGAGACGGAGGAGGAGGAAAUGCCAUGGGCGAGCGGGAGGAGGAGAGGUUCAUGAAGCUGAAGGAGGAGAUGCGGAGCUAUCAAGAGCUCGUCGCUCGCCGCGUCAUCAGCUCCUCCUCCCCACGAGAUCUCGAGGCGCUCGAGGCACGAGGCCGGAGGAUCGUCAACGCCCUUGGGAGGCUGAGGGAGCGACAGAUGAGGAGGAGGAGGCUGUCGGAGACCUCCGUGCGCCAAGAAGAAGAGAACAUACAAGCCGUGCGGGCGGAGCUUGAACGAGCUAAACGGCUGGAUGAAGAGCUGCAGCGAGAGCUCGAGGAACGAGAAUAUUUGAUAGCUAAGAAUCGCUUCAAGCCGACGUUGGUUGCAAGAGGAAACAUUCACCACGACAUGCUCGUCUAUCAUCCGCCAACCGAUGAAGAAGUAGUGGCGGCCACGGACAAAAAGCGAGAAGUUUCCAUCCUCCAGCGCACCAAGCAGUUCGACGAAGCACACGAGGACCUCAAGCAGCGAUGGAUAAAGAUAGCGACGGAAGAGGAGCAGAUCAAGCGAAUAGAGAAGGAGUUGGCUGAGGUUUCAGGCCACAAGGAACGACAAGUGAAGAUCUCAAAGACAGCCGUGACGGCUGCUCAGCGAGCGCUGGCGAGGAAGCGAGUGGACGAGCUGAACCGAGACCUCGAGAAGCUGCGCAAGUUUGAGAAGAGACAUCAGGGGAGGAUCGUGGAGCAUCACAAGUCGAUUCGCAACAUCGAGCAUGACAUCAAGAGAGUCACUCAAGUCAUCGAGUCCCUCCACAAGAUCUCCUCCUCUCGUCUCAAGGAGCGCGAGCGCCAGGAGCGCAACGAGCGGCACGAGCAAGGGAAUUUCACUCCCAUCCUCCUUAGCCAGGGCUUCGAGUCUCCUGGGCACCACGUCUAUGGGUCCUUCCACAUCCUCUCGGAGCAGGAGAAGCAAGCGCUGGUCUUGGCAGGGAGGAACGCGAGGUCGCACAACAUCACACCGAUCCUGGCAGGGAAGCAGCAGCAGCAGCAGCUUGAGGUUGAGGAGAACUCAAGCCGCUGCUGCCUUCAUCCUCACGUCCCAGCGCUCGCAGAUAUGGCGAUGCAAGAAGAGCACAAAGAAACGUUUUCCAACACGAUGAUGACUAGGCUCUGGAUCUGCGGUGGGUUGACGCAUGCAGGAGAGGUGGGAAGCGUGAUGAAGUGGACGGGGGAGACGAGCAUCAAGCAGCGCAAGGAGAAGAUUGAGCGAGAGGCUGCUCAUAUCCAGCAGGAAGGCGACAUGGCCGACGGCAAGGGGCAAAGCCGGCCUCGCAGUGCCACUUCCUGCGUCGCGCUCAAGGGAAGUUUGGAGCCUUACACUCAGUGA